ACUAAUAAUAAUAAAUAUUUAGUUUUUAUAUUUUAUAUAUAUUUUUUUAUUUUUACUACUAAUAAAUUACAUUAUUAUUAUUUAUUUAUUUAUAAAUUUUUUUUUUUCACCCUUCAUUUUGCUUUUGGGGCAUCUUUGUGCACAUUUAUUUUUGCACGAGCCGCUGGUUAUUCUGCUUAUUUCCCACUCAAGCAUCAUGCAGUUUGCAUCCAUUAAACUGGUGGAAGAUGUGAAGAGAUUAAACUGGAAGAUGAACAGUUUUGCUUAGAAGUUUAGGAGAAAUUAGAAAGCUUUUAUUCUCCAGCUGCACAGCGUGCACUGAAAGGUGACUUGCUUGCUUUAAUCAUAAGGACGUUAUCUCUCACGUGCGCAGAACAUCUUCCAAACACUGCCAGAAAUCACAGCGUCAUAGAUGAGUGUAGCACCAGUAAAUGAUAAGUAGAUAAGGAUUUUGUUAUUGCACAAUGCACAUAAAUAAAGUGAAUAAAUUGCACACUUUCACAUUUGGACCAGUCCUGUUUUAUCUGUCUGAAGAAGAUUUCUUUCUGUUUAGAAAGAUAGUUUUCUUUUCAGAUUAGUACUGUUAUCUUUCCAUCUUUAUUUAUAUGCACGCAUCAUUUGGAUUGCCAUUUUAAGUUUUGCAGAGUGCAUGGAAAUUUUUUUUUGGGAAGAGAAGUCAUUACGUCUUUGCUCUAGCACGACAGGGCACAGUGUAUGUUUCCAACAUGGUUUGUUGACACGUAGGUCUAGCAGGUCUAAUCAUUCUUAGUGAAAUCUGUGACACCUUGUUGUUGUUGUUGUUACUGUCUGUUCUUGUCAUUGUAAAACGAGUGUUACACUCCGGUAACACUUGUUUUUCAAUAGUAAAACAAGUCAGGUCCCUAUAGUCAGGUCCUUUUCUAACAUCUGUGUUCUACCUCAGGGGAGGAACCAUGUAUCAGUUUCCAGUUCGAGGACUGGAGAAAAUCCGAAGAACAAGAAAGAAAGUGAAAAACAUUUUGACUGAAUUUGGCCUUGAAGAGUGCUUAAGCUUGUGUAAGAGUCUUCAGGAGUUUGAUCCAGGAGACAGCGUUUUUGAUGCUACUGAAUGGACUGAUUUAUCAGACGGAUUUAAUGGCAAGUGGAAGAAAAAGUGGACCUACCGCACCCGAGGAUUGUGCUGCUCAUUGUGUAAAUUUUCGACGCGGUCCUGGUAUUCAUUCAGGGCUCAUAUUCAUCGCUACCAUGAUGAUGAGCAGUCGGUCUGCAGUCUCUCUGCCUGCUCCUCCUGCCCAUUUAUCGGCCACCCUAAAGUCAUCUCCAAGCACUAUAGGCUGUUCCAUUUUGAAAACCAAAAGCCAGAAUCUGACACAGUGACACCUCUGUCUGCUAAAGCAUUAAGUGGACAUACGUUUCAGUGCCGAAAAUGCCCCGUUCGUGAUGAUCUCUUGUACAGCAUGAGAAAGCAUGUUCUCAUUAAUCAUUACACUGUACUGUUGAAUCGCUUUGCUGGACAAAGAGCAGACACUGACUUGAAGGCCCUUGGGCAGAUGUACAGGAAAUUUUAUUGUAAGGUCUGUGGUGCAAACGCAGACACCUCUGAGCACCUGCUAUAUCACAUACUGACCUCUGACAAGCACAGGGAAUUGGAUUUGCACAUAAACUCUCUCAUUUUUGAAACCGACACUAAGAAGCCGGCUCCCACUCUAGCACCAAAGAUCCAAGGUAGUCCUGUUAUAACAGGGCCACCUAGCCAACCUUUAAUGACCCCUGUACCAGCUCCAGGAACAGUCUUGCCACUGGCUAAUGGUGUACCUAGGUUACUCCCUCCCCCUAACACAGCAGUACUUCCUGUUCAAGCCUCAGCCCUGGUUCAGCUUGCUAGUGCUGAGGCGAAAGGUUUGCUGCAACCUGGUCAGCCACUGACUAUCCAGAAUGUUCAAGCUCCAAGAACUGUCUCUGCAACGCUGCCUAAUGUUGGAGGAGCGACUCCUGCCACAGCACUUCAGCCGGUUAUUCCACACCAACAACCAGUCAGGGUUGGAGUCCCAGGUCCUCUACAUCAUCCAUCCCGUCAAGUUCUGCUUCCACCUGGGGUACAGUUUAAUGUCCCAACUGUAAGAGGGCCACCACCACAGCCAAUGAUUGUUACUCCAAGGUUCCCCUUGAAUCAGCCUACCCCUAGAGGUACCAUGCUUACAUCCCAAUCCCUUCUGAGUCAUCUGAUCCCCACAGGCAACAAAGUCGAUGGGCUGCCUACCUACACUCUCGCUCCAUUACAAGUUUUGUCUGUCCAGGCAAACAACGUCCAAGUAGUCAGCAAAGCACCGUUGCCGGUGUCCCAGAACAAUGGCAUACAUCAGCAAAACUCCCAAGAUUCCAAGCAGACCAAGAAAUGGGUCACCUGCCCGAUUUGUAAUGAGCUUUUUCCAUCCAAUAUAUAUGACUCCCAUGUGGAGGUCCAUAAAGACUCAUCCAAGAAGUCCAAGCUAGGCCUGGCUGCUCGAGCACCCUUUUUGAAGAAAAUGCCUGACAAGACAGUGAAAUGCCUGAUGUGUAAAGUCUUGCUGUCCGAAAAGGGUAUUUUUGAACAUCUGAUUCAUGGUUUGAAUUGCUUAUUUUGUCCUGGGAUGUUCUAUUCUAUCAAACAGCUGGUUGCACAUAUUCAGGUUGAGCACAAUCCAACCCAAAAGGCCAACUGUGACUUCAUGAGACGAGAGUAUCGUCUUUAUACUGACGAGUCUGGCCACCUCCUGUUUCCCUAUUUUGACAUUAACACCACAGCCCCAAAAGAGAUGAUGGGAGAGAAAGAGCUUAAUUUGGCUCUAGUUACUAAUUCGCUUGAUCUGAUCUUUUUGAAGAUGUCACCUAUGAAUCCGCAGGCUGUAUGCAAGAUGCCCAUGCCUAAGCCGGACAGCUUAGACUGCGUCUUCUGUUCUGAGAAGCUGCUGAACAUGGAGUGCUAUCAAAUGCACCUUAGAGAAAAGCACUUCAUUGUACCUACCGUCCAUGCCAUACUUAAAAUGCCAGCAUACAAGUGCAUCUACUGUGGUGGGGUAUACACGGGCAAAACAACGGUCAAAGCGAUCAGUGUCCACAUAUCCAGAUGUCGCUCUGCGCCCAAAACCCUCAAAGAUGCUGAAAGGGUAAAUUCUGGACUAACCAUUGGCCCCAGAGUAAGCCAAGGUUUAAUCUCCUUCCCAGCACCCCCUAGACAGACUACAGCCCCAGUCCCGGGACAGGUCCAAGCAUCAGUUCCAGCACCUCAAGCUCAAGAGACAGAUGCAGAAAUGCAGAGCAAGUUGAGGUUGGAGCUGGCUGUGAAGGAGGCCAUAGAAGCUAAUAAGAGAGAGAGAGAGGCCAGACUAGCAAGAAAAAAGAGGUUAGAGAAAGAGAAGUUCACUGGUUUGCCUACUUCUUCAGCAGAAGUGGUGGAUGAUCCUUCCGUGCAGUUUGCUCUGGAUCCUACAGGAAUGGAGUUACGCUCCUUUGAGGCUCGUCGGGAAUUCGUGAACAAGUACUUUAACAAACAGCCGUAUCCAGUCAAGAAGGAGAUCAUUGCCCUGAGCAGCCGAUUGCUGCUGAACAAAACCGAUGUUGCCUGCCAGUUUGGCGCCAAACGUACCAGGUGUAUGAAGCAACUGCAGCGAAACAAGGCCGCUGUCUUGUUAGGUUUCAACAUGACAGAGGUGAUGAAGGUGAAACACAACCUGUUUAUUCCCGAAAUAGAGCCAGAGAAGCCGUCCACAGAAACACAGGAACCUGAAGGAAAAAAUAAAGUUAAUGAAGGUGAAAAGCUUAAUGAAAGUUUAGCACCUUUCGAGGCUAAAUAAAUGGCUCCAAAGUGACAACACAUGGAUAAAUAUACUCCUCAAAACAAUGCAAAAAGUGUGUAUGGUGUUAAUGUAGAUCAGUUUUCAAAGAACCAGUCAUGUUAUCGAAAUCUUUUGUAGCCCCAUUUUUCUUAGAGUUCAGUUUAAUUAGUAAAGUUGAACAACUUUAUGAGUUUGUAUGCUGUUUGGUAAAGAGUUUGAAUUGUCAUCCUUCACAGAACAUACUGUAUUACUGUUUAUUACAUAGUUUUGAGAAUGACGCCCUUAUUACACCACAACUGUUUCGUGGUGUGGUUUAUUUGGCCUUAAUUGUCCUUUUUUGUAUACCUUCCCUAUUAUAUAUUUUAUUUAGAGCUCUUUAAGUUAAAAUGCAUACUCCUAUAGUGUGUUUGCUGAAAUGUAAUGUAUUUAUCGAAUUAUGUGCACCCCCCCCCCACCCCAAGACACUUUCAGUAUUUCAUCUUAAGUGCUUGCUCAUUGAUCCUGUGCCUACGUUACAGGAUUGUUAGUAGUUUUUAUUUUUUUUAAUUUUUUUUUUUUUUAAUUCCAAGAGGACUGUUCAUGUUUUCCUUUCAACCUUUGUAGUUAUCUCUUACUGAAAUCUGGGCUUUGGGAUAGUAUUCACUAAGUUAAGUAGUCAAAUACUGUGUUAAAUUUGUGAACUGACUAAAUGCUCUGGCAUACCGGGUCUGAGAUACAACUCUGUCAGGAACAUAGCGUCAGUCUGUGUCAUUGCCAAUUAUAAGCAUAGUUUAUUAAUAUGUGUUUUUAUAAUGGUAAAAUGUAAGGUUGUACGAAAAGUUAAUGUCGGCACACAAUGUGUUCAGACUUGCCUUGAUGGUUUGAGUACAUUUCAACAUUCCCAAGGUCACAGUGUGAGAAAGAAUGCAAAAUAAACAGUCACAGAAAAAAAUAUAUAAUUCAAAAAAAAGUGUGUUUAUUACUUUUUCAGUAAUGAAGUACUAUUAGAUAUAUGAUUAGAUAUGUAUAAACUGUUUGGAGUCUGUUUCUAGAACAUUCUGUUCGGUUGAUUGAUGAUUUUUGUUUAUUGGACUGGCAUGAAAAUACGUACAGUGGUUUUGAUUUCUAAGUAAAACACUGGCGAAAUAAUAUUAUAUAAUAAUAAGUUGUUGCUGUGUGAUGUGUUUAAGCAGACAAGCCCUGAAACUGCAAGCCUGGAGUUUGCUUACGGUUUGAAAUAGACAGUAGAUUUAUUAAUGCCACACAAAUUGCUAGAACUUACAGUGUGUUAAAGGAAAACAGCUUUCAUUGACAAGUUAUUUUCAUUUUAGUUAACAAUUUCCUACAUUACCCACAAUGCCUUUCAACUACCUGCUGAUAGUGGUGAAGUGGGAUUUAGCCCUUGCUUCAUCUCUCCCUAAAUAGAGCGAUGCAGCUCUCUUACCUCCUCACCUGUACACUCUGCUCCAACAGAUCAGCUUCCAAAGAUUCAAGGUUAACGCCACUGAGCUCGUCAUCUCGUAGCUCGCUAACUAGCUGAACCAAGUUCCUGCCAUAACCAUGUCGUAUAACUCCAUUAUGUUCUGACACUGAAUAUAAGCUUUUCUGUCUUCACUACUUUCUACAUUGGAUUUCUCAUUAAUAUGACAUUGUCACUGGAAAAUAUGGAGUCAGAAAAGAAGCUCUUGCCCUUUUGGUUUUUGGAGCAAACAGCGAAACCUGACUGUUAUCCUAUCCAGUGCACAGACAACUGCUUAUUUCUCAAAGGAAUAAAAAAAAAAUACACCAAGUACAUCACAAAUAUUUCAAUAAACAUAAAUAUAUUUAAUGCAUUUCUAGGGGAAUUAUUUUUUUUAUAGAAGUAUGCUAUAUGAUCAAAUGUUUGUGGACGCCUAACCAUCACACCCAUAUGUGCUUGUUGAACAUAAGCAAUGAUUAUACAUCUUUAUACAUCUUUAUACAUCUUAAAUAACAACACAUCUUUAAAUUUCAUUAUUAAUAGUCUUAUAGAAAAUUAUUUUAUAGUAAAUUAAUCAACACUGUCUGACCAAUCAGAUACAACAAUUGAACAACACUGUGGUAUAAGUGUUUGUAGCAUAUAUACAAUAUGGCCAAAAGUUUGUGGACACCUGACCAUCACACCCUUAUGUGCUUGUUGAACAUCCCAUUCCAGAUUUAUUCCCCCUUUGCUGUUAUUAUAGCCUCCACUGUUCUGCAAAGGCUUUCCACUAGAUGUUGGAGCGUGGCUGUGGGGAUUUGUGAU